CCCCGGACUGAGUGAGUGAGAGAGCGGCUGAGCGGCUGAGCGAGAGUCCGCGGGGUUUAUCAGCUCCGCAGAGCGCACAGAUAACACACACAGAGCACACGGGAGAAAUAUUACAUUACUCCGCGGAGAAGAGCCGAGGCUGACCCGAGCAGAGCUGCUAUGGCGCUGGGCUGGACUGUGACCUUACCGCUGCUGGUUCUGCUGAACCUGGGGCUGAUCCGCGCCUUCAACCUGGACACGGAGAACGUGAUCAAGAAGUCCGGGGACCCGGGCAGCCUGUUCGGCUUCUCUCUGACCAUGCACCGCCAGCUCAAACCCGCCGACAAGAGAAUGGUGUUGGUUGGAGCUCCUAAAGCGAAGAAGUUGUCGAAGCAGCAGUCCCAGAUAACCGGAGGACUAUAUAACUGUGAUGUUACCACUAUCGAAGCCACCUGCCCGCGAGUCAACUUCGACAAUGACGAGGACGUGAGGUCUGAGAACAAGAGUAACCAGUGGAUGGGAGUCACUGUGCAGAGCCAAGGACCUGGUGGCAAAAUUGUGACGUGUGCUCAUCGCUAUCAGCGCCGCCUCUUCGUUAACACUGCCCAGGAGUCUCGAGACAUCACAGGCCGCUGCUACGUGCUGAGUCAGGACCUGAAGAUCGACGAGAGCACCGGGGACGAGGGCGGAGACUGGAAGUUCUGUGAGGGACGAGCUAGAGGUCAUGAGCGAUUCGGCUCCUGCCAGCAGGGCAUGUCCGCCACCUUCACCAAGGACUACCACUACCUGGUGUUCGGAGCACCUGGAGCCUUCAACUGGAAAGGCGUGGUGCGGGUGGAGCAGAAGAACAACACGCUGCUGGAGCUGGGUUUCUAUGACGACGGGCCGUAUGAGGUCACGUAUAAAACUGCUGAGGGUUUGGACACCGUUGCCGUUCCGGCCAACAGCUAUUUAGGUGUUCUGUUCAUGACUAGCGUGUUGAGCAGCGACGCUGAUCAGUUUCUGUAUAAGUCCUAUCCUCCUCAGGUGGAUGCUGCUGUGGAGGAUGCUGUGAAGGCCAAUAGCUACUUAGGAUUCUCUCUGGACUCUGGGAAGAUGGUAACUAAGGCGGGGCAGCUAGUUGUGGUUGCCGGGGCUCCGAGAGCCAAUCACAGUGGAGCGGUGGUCCUGCUGAAGAAGGAAUCAGAGACAUCCCCCCAGUUGAUCACUGAAUUCAUCCUGGAGGGGGAGGGGCUAGCGUCUUCCUUCGGCUAUGACCUCGCGCUGCUCGAUGUUAACGGAGACAAAUGGCAGGAUCUCGUGGUUGGAGCUCCUCAGUACUUCGAGAAGAACUCGGACAUCGGCGGAGCCAUCUACGUCUACAUAAACAAGAACGGAAACUGGGCCAACGCGGUCCGGACCAGAAUAGAUGGACCCAAAGACUCGAUGUUUGGGCUGUCUGUGGAGAGCCUGGGAGACAUCAACCUGGACGGUUUUAAUGACGUGGCUAUUGGGGCUCCGUAUGAAGAUGGUGGAAUGGGGAGUGUGUACAUCUAUCACGGCUCAGACAGCGGCCUCAAACUCAAACCUGCUCAGGUGCUGAAAGGAAAAGAUCUGAAUAUUAAGCUGUUUGGAUAUUCUCUUGCUGGAAACAUGGAUUUAGAUAAUAAUCAGUACCCAGAUCUGGCCAUCGGAUCUCUGUCUGAUACUAUAGCUGUUUUCAGGGCAAGGCCAGUCGUCAACAUCGAGAAGACAGUCACCAUGACACCAAAGGAGUUGGACCUAAAUAAGAAGAACUGUGGUGACAGUAUUUGUCUUCAGGUGCGGACCUGUUACAAAUACACGUCCAACUCCAAAGACUACAGCGCCCCCCUCAGAAUAAAAUACUCCAUCGAGGUGGAGUCUAAGAGGAAGAAGCUGGGUCUCCCCUCUCGAGUCACAUUCAGCCCUCAUUCUAACACUGAUACAGAUUACGAAAGCUCCGGAAUUGUGGACCUCUCCAAAGCCAACGAGCAGAAGUGUGUGGACAAAACCAUCAAACUGCAGGACACCAUAAAGGACAAGCUGAGAGGAAUCCCUAUUGAAGUGAAUGUGGAGAUCCUGUACCCAUCAGCACGCAGAAAGAGAGACGUCGUCUUAAGCCAACUCCUUCCUGUCCUUGGCUCUAGCCAACCAGCUGCUAACGAGGUGAAUUUUGUAAAGGAGGGGUGUGGCAGUGACAACAUUUGCAACAGUAAUCUAAAGCUGCAGUACAUCUUCUGCUCUCGGGAGCCCAACAGCGACAACUUCAAACCUCUGCCGCUUGUUGGUGAUGUUCCAGUCAUUUCCCUCAGUGACCAGAAAGAAAUUGCCCUGGAGGUCACAGUGACCAAUCAGAAUGGAGAUGAUGCGUAUGAGACAGUUCUGAUUGGAUCGUUCCCUGGAGCCCUCUCUUACUCCGCCUCCCGCACCAAGACCCCUGACAAAGUAGUCAUCUGUGUGGCCAAUCAGAACGGUUCUCAGGCUGAGUGUGAGCUGGGGAAUCCCUUUAAAAGAAACUCAGUGGUAACGUUCUACAUCAUUCUGGGCACCGGAGGAAUCUCACUGGAUAUGAAUGAAGUGGCCGUUAAUCUACAGCUCAAGACGACAAGUGAUCAACCUCCUCUGUCAAUAACAAAGAAGGCUAACGUCAUAGUUCAGCUGCUGUUGUCUCUCUCUGGGGUGGCGAAGCCGUCUCAGCUGGAAUUCACAGGUCAGGUGAAAGGAGAGAGCGCUAUGAAGACAGAGUCUGAAGUGGGCAGCCAGAUUGACUAUGAAUUCAGGGUCAUAAACCUGGGAAAGCCUCUGAAGUCGUUCGGCACGGCGUUCCUGAACAUCCAGUGGCCCAAAAGCACAGCCUCCAACAAGUGGCUCCUGUACCUGAUGAAGAUCAGCAGCACGGGGGUGGAGAGGAUCGGAUGCGGCAGAACGCAGGAAGUCAACCCCCUCAGCCUCAUACAGGAAUCCUCAUCAGCAAGACUGAAACGUGAAGUUGGAAAGGAGACCAGCUCAGAUGAUCCUAAAUUCUCACUUUUUACCGAUAAGAGGAAAUCCAAAGUCCUGUCCUGUGAGGAUGGAGCGAACUGUGUGAAUUUUAAGUGUCCUCUUCAGGGAUUGGACAGUAAUGCUGUUAUUGCACUGAAAGCUCGGCUCUGGAACAGCACCUUCCUGGAGGACUUUGCUGAUAUGAAUUAUGUGGACAUCCUGGUGAAAGCAUCUCUCAGUCUGGACUCUGCACCUAAAAACGUAGUUCUGAAGAAUGAAGAUGCACAGGUACGAGUGACGGUGUUUCCCGGACGCAAGGCGGCGCAGUACUCGGGUUUACCGUGGUGGAUCAUCCUGGUGGCUAUUUUACUGGGUCUGCUCUUGUUGGCAUUACUCAUCUUCCUGCUCUAUAAGUGUGGAUUUUUUAAACGUUCCAAGUACGACGACAGCGUGCCGAGUUACAGCGCCGUACGGAUAAAGAGGGAGGAGCGGGUGUACACGCCGGGGAAACAGCAGCCGCAGACGGUGGAGAAGAAGCAGUGGAUGACCAGCUGGAACGAGAACGAAAGCUACUCCUAACCUCCUCCUGCUGCUGCUGCUGCGGCUGCUGCUGAUAACAACCAUUAAUAACUAAAAAAACACACAAAAACACACAAAAACACUGGGAAAACUAUAAAAACACAAACCAAAGACUCCUCCCCUGAGACCUCUGUGCUUCACGUUUUGCACACCCUGAACUUCUGAGUGUAAAUAUCAUAGAGAUGAAAUGAAAGGAACUGUAACUUUAAAACUUCAGUAAAAACUUAUUUUUUCUUCUAACUUCUGCAUUAAUGGACUGGAUUAAGCCUUUUCAGCAAAUAAUCAUAUAUCAGUCAUUUUACAUAUUCUUACUUUUUUUAAAUACUUGAACUAAAAUAUUAAUUAUUUAGCAUAAUUUUUUAUGUUUUUAUGUUUUAUGUCUAUCUGUAGAUCGUUAAAAAUUAAUUAAUCUAAAAAAGGCCUUAAUUUGUCUUAAAAUAUUUUAAAUAGUCUUAAAUUAAAGUCCAAUAAACACAUUUUGUUAUUAUUUCAAUUUUUGUGUAUCACAUUUCAUUAUUUCCUAAUUUUAUAUGUAUGUUAAUUUUGGUAAGUAUGUAAGUCAUCAGAACUAGAUAAAAUUCUUCUCAACUUCCAAUAGAAAUCAAUGUAAAAUAUAGUCUUUAAAAAUGGUAUUUAUAAAGGCACUUAAAAUAUACAGCUCUGGAAAAAAGAAUUAAGAGAACACUUUAUUUUCUAAAUCUGAUUUUGUUCUGAUUUUGCUAUUUAUAGGUUUAUGUUUGAGUAAAAUGAACACUGUUGUUUUAUUCUAUAAACUACAGACAACAUUUCUCCCAAAUUCCAAAUAAAAAGAAAUAUUGUCAUUUAGAGCAUUUAUUUGCAGAAAAUGAGAAAUGGACUGGAAAAAAAAGAAAAAAAAAAAGAUGCAAAGCUUUCAGAUCUCAAAUAACCCAAAAAAAAAGAAAACAAGUUCAUAUUCAUAAAGUUUUAAGAGAUCAGAAAUAUUCCACCAAUAUUUGGUGGAAUAACCCUGGUUUUUAAUCACAGUUUUCAUGCAUCUUGGCAUCAUGUUCUCCUCCACCAGUCUUACACACUGCUUUUGGAUAACUUUAUGCUACUCACUCCUGGUGCAGAAAAUUCAAGCAGUUCAGUUUGGUUUGAUGGCUUGUGAUCAUCCAUCUACCUCUUGAUUAUAUUCAGCAUUUUUAAGUGGUUUCUUAUUUUUUUGUUUUCAGAGCUGUAUAUAAUUGAUACGAUUUUUUUACAUUUACAUUUACAUUACAUUUACGGUAUUUAGCAGACGCCCUUAUCCAGAGCGACUUACAACAGUGCUUCAAAGUUACUUAAGAUAUCCAAAGCUAGUUUGUAGACUAGGAUCAAGAGAUACAUAGAGCUUAAUCAUGUUAAGAACCCUAGGAACCUUUUUUUUUAUUAGUUUAGGAACUCUUUGAAAAGAUGUGUCUUCAGUCGACGUUUGAAGACGGCGAGUGACUCUGCUGUUCGGACAUCCAGUGGAAGUUCAUUCCACCACCUUGGUGCCAGCACAGAGAAGAGUCUGGAUGUCUGUUUUCUGUGUGUUUUGAGUGAUAGAGGUUCGAGCCGAGCCGUACUGGAAGCUCUAAGAGCUCUUGGUGCAGAUCUGGCUUUGACCAGAUCUGGCUUUGACCUGGCUUUUACGAUACGAAGGUUACGUUAAUAAACAUUAGUUAUUGUUAGAAUGGCUUAACUAAUUACUAAUUAACACUAAUUAAGACAUUGUAAAUCAUACAUUUUUUAUUACACUAAUUAAACUCAAAUUUAUUAUUAUUACCAAUAUUCUUAAGCAUUAAAAAAAUGCUAAAUUUAGUGUUUAAUGUUACUUAACCAUUUAUCAAUGUUUAUUACUGUUAUAAGUAAGAUUAUUUGUGACCCUUAUUGUUAAUUUUUACCAAAUAACUUUAGAAUAGUAAAGAAAGUCACUGAUUUCUCUGUUAUAAAUGACUUUUAUAUGGUUAUUUGUUGGAAAGACUCAUAUUGGGGCUAAAAAUUGAUAUUGGCUGAAUUUUCCCUGCUGAUUUUUGUGUGUAUUAUUGCAUUACAGCUUACAGUCAUUCCCAUAUGUUGUGUAUAUAUUUGAUCGUGCUUCAGAACAAAAAACUAUCUAUUUAUUUUGAGACUGGUUUGUUGUUUUGUCUGACCAAAGAUUUGUUUCAUUCAUUUUUUAAGCGAUGUUUUAAAGACUGUGUGGAUCUACGCAAGGAAUUUGGUAUCUGCUAGGAAAAUUUCUUUUUUCUUUAACUUUUUAUUUUAAUUUUAGAUUUUUUUUUGUUUUUGUUUAAGAGAAUUUGUGUUUGAGAACUGUUUGGAUGAAUGUAAAUAUUGUGUUUUUUUUAUUGUUACAGAUUUCUGAGUGCAUUUUGUAAGUUAGCUUUUUUUAUUAUUAUGAAUUGUGAUGAUUGGUACAGAUUUGCAGUUUUUCUGACAGGAUUUCGUUCAUUCAUUCAUUCACUCACUCAUUCACGUAGGUUUCAGGUUGUAGGUUUCACUGUAAAAUGCCGAGGACUUUGAAGCAAUUUAGCACCUUUUUUAUGAUGAAAGUGUUACAUUUUUACUUUACUGUUUUUUUUUUCAUAAACUGAUGUUAUGAAAAAUGGGGGGAAAAGGAGUUUCAGCCAUAUUUACCUACAAACAUUAUGAAAAAAUGGUGUUUUAGUAUUUAGUUUUUUCAAAUGAACUGCUGUGGACGGUUGAAACAAUAGCACUGGAAAAAAAAAAACUCACCUUGACUUUGCAAUUAAUUAUUUCCUAAAGCUAAUGUGGUCUAGAAAGCAUUUUAAACUUUAAAAACAAAACUGGUUGUUAACAAAAACAAUAAAGAGAAGAUUUUUUACAAUA